GGUUCACUCUCAAAUUUCAUCUUCUUCCUCCUUUCCUCCUACCUUUCCUUGCUCAUCCUUCUUCUUCUUAUUCUUUGUCUUUCUCUCUUCUCUCUUCUUCUUCCUUUCUCAAACCCAGAUCUGGGUUUUUCUCUACCCUUAAAGUCCGUCCGAUCUGGGUUUUUCUCUGCCCUUGAGAGUCCGUUCGAUCUGGGUUUUUCUCUACCCUUGAGAGUCCAUCCUAUCCCUUCAUGAACCGAAAACGACGAUCCUCUCCUCUGUGCCAGGUACUUGUGCGGUGGAACCCGCCCAUCGUGAUCUUCAUCUCCAUCGUCGGCGUUGUCUCCAUCAUCGUCGCUGUCUCUGUUUUUGUGAUCCCUGUACUCUCUUUUCAAAAUCAGUUCAGCACGUUCACCAGCACCAACGACACCACCACCUGGCCGCUCAAAUCACCAGCUCUGGUAUGUUUCUUGGAUGAAUGCUCAGUGGGUAAUCAUUGCUCAAAUAGAUCUGGUCUUCGCCUGCACGGUCUGCUCUGUUUUUUCAAACUCUUGUGGUUGAUUUUUGGUCCUGAUUUUGCUAUUGUUCUUUGUCUUGAUGGAACUGGAACUAGAAUUUUUGGUUCUCUUUAAACCAGUGCUCGCUGGUUUCUGUGUUGAUUUCAGCGAGUGUAUGUCUAGUUGCAGAGAGGAUUGGGCUUGAUGAUAGGACUUCUUUGGGUUGAAAAUAAUAUGGGCCACGAUUCAUGUUAUGGGGUUACAAGAUUCGGAGUUUGCAGAGCAAAAUCUAAUCCCUGAUUCUUGCGUUGUAGAUGGAUCUGGGUUUGAUAGAGGAAGACCCAGAUCUGGGUUUG